AUGCCUAUUUUCUUGUUCUUACUGCAGAUCCUUCCUUAUGCGGGUCCAAUUUCAGGAGGACUGAGAGAAGGAAUGGCCUUGUACUUGCAGGGAGUUGUUCCUACUAAUGCUGACCGGUUUGCAAUAAAUUUCAAGACCGGGUCAUCUAAAACUGAUGACACUGCUUUCCACUUCAAUCCCCGAAUGGGCUCAAAUGUGGCCAUGAACAGCUUCAGGGAUGGAAAAUGGGAAAGUGCAGAAAGUGUCUCUGACAACCCCUUUAAAAAGGGAGAAGCUUUUAAAAUGUUCAUGGUCAUCAAAUCCGAAGGAUAUCAGAUAUACGUGAAUGGCAAAGAGCAGUACACAUUCAAGCACCGUAUACCACUGGAAAAAGUGUCAGCAUUAAAUAUCAAUGGAGAUGUUGCUGUGAACCUUUUUGGCUUCAUACAAGUAAGUUACAUUUUCUACAGCUGUGGAAAUAUUGCAGCAUUACUGAAACUUUAUCAGAAUCCAGUAAGAAUGAAGUGGAAUGUAAGCUUUCUAAAUACACUCUCUCUAUGUUCCCCUAAUUAG